CUAUAGAAAAGCUUUUGGGUUAAAUGUUGAGUUGAAUCUUUUGCCCUUGAAGUUGUUCCUAGUUAAUUGUCUUUGCUUUCUAAUUGUUUUCUUUUGUCUCUUUUGUGUUUUUUGACCUUUUAAUUUAAUAGUAAAAAUGCUUCUUGGUCAAAAGAUUUACGUUCGUGUCUCUGGAUCGGCCGUUGCUUGUUUUGCUUCUGCUGCUUCAACAACUAUGGUUCGACCUCCGAUUGGUUUUUAUGGUGUUGAUGGUAAAUAUACAAAUGCCCUUUACUCAGCUGCAUCUAAAACACAAAAGGUUGAUAAAGUGGAACAAGAUUUAAUCAAUUUGGCUGCUGCUUGUAAUAAGGAUAUUAAAUUUCGUGACUUUAUGACCAACCCGUUGAUCAAAGGAUCACAAAAGAAGGAAAUUUUGGCUAAAUUGUUACCAGAGAAAUUUAAAACCUGUGAUUUAACCAAUAAUAUGAUCGCUGUAAUGGCUGAAACCAAUAGGCUUAAGUAUUUACCUGCAGUGGCUCGUAAUUAUGCUAAAAUUAUGGCCUUUUCCCGAGGAGAAUUGGAUUGUACCAUAAUUUCUGCUAAGCCAAUAACCGAUCCUAAGAUGAAACAAGAAUUGGAAGCUAUUCUUAAGAAAUUCACCUCCAAGAAACUUACCAUCAACUCUAAGAUUGACCCCACAAUCCUCGGAGGAGUAGUUAUUGAUUUUGGUGGUGAACAUUAUAUCGAUAUGUCAUUGAGAAGCAAACUAAAGACCUACACGGAUAUUUUAGUCUCUCAAGUCAAUUAGCAUAUUAAUUUGAUGAUGAUUAACAACACAACAACAACCAAGUGAACCAACCAUCAACCAUGAUUUCAAAUAGAGUUACUCUUUUUUUCUUGUUCUGAUUUAAUGAAAAAGUUUAUUCCCAAAUAAAAGAGGAUAAUCGCUUA